GACGGAGAAAGAAGCCACCGGUGGACUGUGGUGCUCACGCCAACGUGCUCUCUGCCCGAGGAUCGUGCGUUUCCGGUUUUCGAACCACUUCUCGCGCCGGCACUACUUCGUCUCCUUUCAUCUGGUCCCGGCUGGUUCGUUGCUCUCGUUGCGCGAUAUUGUGAUCCGUCGUCACGAUUUCCUCGAUCAGCGAAUCGACGAAACGCGUGUACCUGUCCACGAAAAGCGGGAAACAACGCGCUUCAUCCGCCUCGCGCUCGCCUCCGGACACCAAUUUGCUCCGUUUCGCGCGUGUGGCCGACCACGCGCCCAAACCGCACGCGGAUUUCCUUCCCGUGCGUAAAAUACAACGUGGACGACGAUCAUUCGUCGCUAGAACCGUCUCGCCAACGUGCAACGCGAGGUGUUCUCUUCCUUCUCCUCCCCCCUUUUGCCCUCUCCCAUCCCCCUCCCAUUACCCCACACUUUUCCCUCGAAUUAAUAUCGAUCGUUAAUCGAACGGGCGCAGAUUUUCCGGCGAUCAGGUCGUCACGACGAUCACGACGAACGGUCCGACGAGAAUGACUUUCCGUCACGAAGCAACAGCACUACUGGCCAAGUGUAGGGGACUUGCUCGCGAACUUGUGAAGUGCGCACUUUUUUGCGAGGUGGCGUUGUGGAGAUAAAACGCAGACCAGUUUCAAUUCAGUUCAUUGUUACGGUCAUUAGCUUACGCGGCAUGACGAGUGAUAGGUGUGCUUUCGCGAUAACGCAUCCGCAUUUUUCGAACUGUGAUUCCUCUCUGGAUAGUGUGGUGGUGAAUGUGCCUUAGAAAGCUACGAAAACCGUAUAAACAGCCAAUUAGCCGAGAUCGGAAAGGAAAAGGUGAAUAGAUAUAACGAUGGUAGAUACGCAACACUUUUGCCUGCGAUGGAAUAAUUACCAAAGCAGUAUAACGUCGGCGUUUGAAAACUUGAGGGACGAUGAGGAUUUCGUGGACGUCACACUGGCCUGCGAUGGCAAGAGCCUCAAAGCGCACCGCGUCGUACUUUCCGCCUGCAGUCCCUACUUUAGAGAAUUGCUCAAGAGCACACCGUGCAAACACCCGGUGAUAGUACUUCAGGACGUAGCGUUCAGCGACUUGCACGCUUUGGUGGAGUUCAUUUAUCACGGGGAAGUGAACGUGCAUCAGCGUUCCCUUAGCAGUUUCCUGAAGACCGCAGAGGUCCUCAGGGUAUCGGGGCUCACGCAACAGGCGGACCAAACGGACAGGGACGAGCUGUCCCAUGUCCGAGCGUUGGCCGCCGGUGGCAAUCAUCUUCCUUUCCACGAGAAAUUGGAUGAGAGCUUUCCCAGGGGUGGUUCCCCGCCCACGCCAGUGACCCCGAUACCACCCACCGUGCAGCAAUUGCUACGCAGAGCGCAGAUACGCAAGAACGAGAGACGAACGCCUGACCCGCACGAGGAACCCACGAGGAAGACGAGGCUGUUGUCGCCGCCGUUGAACAACAACGACGCGACGCCCACGGACUUCUCGAUGGUGAAGAACAACCAUCUUUCGAGCAAGGUCGAGGGUAACGGAGUGCACGAGGAGACCAGCCCCCUGGAGGACAACAUUAAGUGCGAACCGUUGGAGCUGACAGGUGGCAACGGUGGCAACGGGGGCAACAACGAGGACUCGUCGGAUUCUGGAGCUGCGGCGUCGGAUCGGCCACCGGCGUCCGCGAGCAGUAACGAGCACGAGGUCGAAUCCGAGCACACGUCCACGCCGAAUUUUUUGUCCGAGACGAAAAUCUUCCCGCCCACGCCUGGAAGCUUUAAUUUCAGUAUGGCGGCACUAGCCACGGAACACAUGCCGUUGUCAGUGAAAUUUCCAGGGCUGGGCCACGGGUUGCAACCACCGGACUUGGCAGGAACUUCGCAAGGUACGGGCAACGGGAUGCAUCCAGCACCGUCGACGCCUCCCUCUGCCAUGUACCGGAUGCCGCCGCCAACGGCGGGCGGCAUAAACGAGCCUCAGGAAUGCCCGUACUGCCGUCGCAACUUCUCAUGCUACUACUCCCUGAAGCGUCAUUUCCAGGACAAGCACGAGCAAUCGGACACCCUCUACGUUUGCGAGUUUUGCAAUCGCAGGUACCGCACGAAGAACUCGCUCACGACGCACAAGAGCCUCCAGCAUCGCGGCUCGAGCGGCAUGCUGAAGAGGCUGCUGAAGACCAGCACGAUCAAGAACGUUCUAGGCAGCAUGCGCCAGGCCCAGAUGCAGCAGCAGCCGCAAUGAAAAUGUCGGGACCGUCUUACAGUCACCCCGUCCCCGGACCCCCCACGUCGUCGUUCGCGUAACGCGCGACGACGCGUUCACGUUUCCGAUUCGGCUCUUCGCUGCUCGCCGUCGCCGUAUGCCGGCUCGAUCACGGGAGAUCGAGCCACGCGACCUCGAAACGCGUCGAUCGCGAACGAAAACGGUCCCGCGCGGUGGCGGUCCUGCGAUCGUCGUCGAUACCUUCCGUCGACUCGUCCGCCGACGCUCUUCCGUCAGAGAAACGCGCCUCCGCUCGUAGUCGUCGUUUCGUAGCUCCCCUCGUGUCAAGACUGCGAUCGAAUCCAAAGAAGAAAAGAGGAGAGUAAUCGACUGAGACGCGAUCCGUGAUUAUUCGCGAGAAUUAUCGCCGGUUCGUUUAUGGUUGCCGUGGCACGCGCUUUCGCGAGCUGAGAAUACAUUCCAUUGCGUCGAGGCCCCGAGGUGUCGGGGGGGCCUGGACCGAUUUUAAACGAGGUCUCGAGAUGCGACUAUUGCUUUAAGACAUUCUAAGAAGGGAUCAGAGGUGACUACGACGUCGGUUGGCGUUCAGGCGAAUUCCCUUGCGGAAAUUCGUAGACCGAAAUCGGGUUUCACGGAUGGAAGCAGGAGGAUCGCUUCAGGGAUGAGAGGAAGUGUUUCAGGGCUCACUCGUACUGUCGACUUUUCUGUGGCAUCAUCUUGGGCAGAAUUUCUGGUUAAUUAUUACUGAGUCGCGAUUGACAUGUUCAUGGAAUAUACAUACAGAUGGAAUAUAUAGAUUAUAUAUACGGUUUUGAUUUAAAGGUCUUGCGAUCAGGGAUGCACGAUACCUUUGCACAUUUCUAAAAAUUAUAAAAUACAUAUUUCCAUUAAAGUCCGUUUAGUCUACGCGUAGUUACGUUUGGUUAAGUAACAAGUACUCGGUAAUCGUGAUUCUUUUAGAAGAAUUCCAAAUUAUUGAUCCCUGAUUGUGGAUUACCCAUCGAUCUGGCAAAAUUAAAAUUCUUCUGCCAAGGAAAGUGGACAGUCCGAGUGAAUCUUUAAAGCGACCAAAACUGGGUAAUUCUAAGGAAUUUUUAACAUAAAAGAUAUGCCACGCAGAAAGUUCAUAUUUGAAUACAUGAGUUGAUAUACUUCGAACUAUAUCUUGUAAAAUGUGUAUCGAAGAAUAUUGGAAAAUUGCUUCAACCAGUUUGCUUUAACGUUUCUUGGUAUGUUUGCAUGGCUGGCCAUCGCUGCAACUCACAAUUGACUAAUUCGAAAGCAAUAAUCGAGGUUCUAAGAAAAAUCCUUUAUUUACAUUUCCACCGUUGGAAGGAAAAGGUUAAUUAUUUCCAUCGAAAAGCUAGACUAACUCUUAUGCAGUAAUUUCAAGAAAACCUCGCCGUCAUUUUCCAAUACUUCUCGAUACAAAUUUUAUUCGACGAUACUUCGAAGUAUACGCUCUCGGAAUUCAAAUCUAAACUCUCAACGUUUCAUAAUUCUCACUUUAAAAAUUCCCAACAAAUUUUUGAUUCCAAGAUCGAUGUAUGACAGUUAUACACCCCAAGGUCCGUUUUCACGCGACACGGAGUGACAAUUUCCAGAGUACCACGACAUCUCUCAUCAUCGUGGAAACUGUAAAUAUCACCUUAUCGUGACAUUUCGAUCCGAAGAAUCGUAACUCCCCGUUGCAUGGAAACUGACGCUUACAGCAAGCCAGACCGUUCCGAAGCUUCGUCCUCUCAUCUAAAAACAUUCAUCCCUGGUCUGUGCGCCGAUCUCUCGUGUCACCAAAUCGCGUCAAUUCACAAUGUUAUCUUGCUGGCGGUUGCGACGUCGGCCGAGAUCUUUACCUGAGGAAGGGUCGCGCGGCGACGACGUCGAGUCGCGAAGGACGCGGGAACGAGAAGCAGAGAGGCAGCAAGACGAGGAUACGUAACCGUGAAACCGUAUCAGAAACGAUAGUAACAGCCGUGCGCGCGCGUAUGUGUGUACGUUUCCGUCGCUGGAGCUUUCGCUAGCUAAAUGAGGGCACGUCGCGCACGCACACACGCGUGCUAAAGCGCAAUGCCGUGAAUGUUGUGCAGUCGAACGAUAGGGGAUCGCGAGGAUCUUAGGCCUAAGUGAAAUUCAAUUACAAACUCUACGAAUAUUGUGCUCAAAUUCGGGGAAACGGGAGAGAUUGAGAAGAGAGGCAGGAUCGAAUUCUUGGGGCAAGGCCGAGUAGAACGGAAUGAACGGAUAGGAUAGAGGGGGUCGAAGACAAGGGAAAAGACGACGGGAAUUGGAAGGGAGGAGGAGCGUGGAAAAGUGCAAGUAGAAGUUAUAUGGGCUCCUACACGUGUACAGGUCCUUCGUGCGCGCAAAUUACACAGACUAUAUUUUUAACUCUUUAAAAGUAAUAUUUUGAGCUGUACGAUAUAAUUGAUAACGAUGAUAUUCUCUUGUUCAGGUCUUACAAGGGAUGGAAUGAGAACGAGAAGCAAAAGAAACGAAAGUAGUUCGACGUAGAUAGAUCAAGACGGGGCAGGGCGGUGAAAACUCUCGGGCGUCCUCCUUUCAUUCACGUAUCGAGUACAACGCGAAUAAAUUGAUACGGUCAACCCUUUGCGGACGCUCGACGCGUGUAUGCGUUCAGUUUAUCGUAAGACCGUCUGCGCUGGACGACUAUUAGCGUUCGGAUUGUUCCAAGAUGCUCGUUCGCGAAGGGUCGAUCGAUCGACGCGUCUCGUUGGCGAAUGUGCAAUAUUACGAGUAAGAGGUAAAAUAGAAUUCGGGUCCCGAAGCGACGCAUCGUCGUCUCAGAACUACGAAUAAACUUUUCUUUCGUCUCGACCAAGGAUAUCGGCAAACGACAGAGAGAUCGAGAGUCAGGCCGAAGGAAAGCGAUCGCGAUCGGGGAUUCGGGGCGUGCGAAACGUAGACGAGGGGGUGAAACGAAUGGGAAAGAUGGCGCCCGAGGGCGAUUCCUUGCGAGACCUUCGAGCGCUGCCCUGUUUCUCUUUGAAUCUUCGAUACACAUCCACGUUAACGUACGUACAAGGUGAAAAGAAAACGCCCUAAAAGAGUUAUUCAUCGCGUAACAUAUUCAGGUCUAGAGCUCAGUGUAAAAAGAAACAAAGUUGAUGUUUUAUCGUAAGGGGGUUACAAGGAAGCAACAAAAGGAAAAAAAAAAAAGUAAAUAAAUGAAACAAAGGAAAUGCCAUUAUAACUAACGAGCAAGUACAAAUUAUUUGAGGGGAAAAUGAAUAAAACAAAUUACGUCUACGUCUAAUUCUUAGGUUCCGUAGUAGCGGGGGAGUUAUGGAAUGAGGGAAAUGUAUUUAAAAGAAACGGGUUGGGGCGCGAGAUGCAGUCUUCGCGGGUUUUUAAAGCGGCGUUAGCACUGGGGAUCGAGGAAAGUGAACGGAAACGAGUCGAUGCUAGGACAGGGAGAACAAGUUUUCCAAAAACAUAUCUUCGCGAGAACGAGAUGUAUACCGUGAGAGAGCGAGAGAGAAAUUAUACGAUUUUAGAUUUAGGUGUCUUCCGAUGGCGGGAGUUUUUAAAAUAUUUGCGUAUACAUUCGUAGAGGUAGAAACGAUUGAAAAAAAAAAAAAGAAGAAUAAAUAAAACAAACGAAGUACGUCUUAUCCACGACCGGCCAAAGCAUAAUGUGGAGAUAGAAAAGAAUGAACGAGAGUGAAACAAAAAUAAAGAGAAACGUUCCUUCCGCGAAAAUGGGGGGAGGGCGGCGACUUGCGCGUGGACAUCUUUGCUUUCCGAAAAUUUCUUUUCGACUCGGGAGAAGCUGAAGAUAGAAUUCGUUAGUGAAAAUUAUCCUAGUCAUUUUGGAAACCUUUUAUAAUUCUGUGAUAUGUAUAUGUCGAACGCGAAGAAGCAUCAAAGAUACGAUAUAUUCGGCGACUACAAAAUAAAAGGGGAACAAGGAACGCGGGAACGGGUG